UCGUACGAGGUCAAACGUCCAAGGUGCCCAAUGCACUUGGAUGUCUCAUUGGGCCGGGACCCACUGUUACAACCACGAAGGUGUGUGCUUGGCUUUUUUCUAUCUAACAAGGCUAUAAAAUCUGUCAUUGACAAGACAGAAAACGUGCACACGACUGCACUGAAAUGUUCCAAAAACUUUUCUGUCUCCUUCUUGUUUUGCCUCCGUUCCUUACAGCAAGAACAGUCCGGUCUGCAUCUCAUGCUACUCGGUGGAAUCAUUUAUGUGGUAGGAAUAAUUUUCUUCAAACUGGACGGUCAUAUUCCCAUGGCACAUGCGAUUUGGCACUGUUUUGUCAUGGUCGGUGCAUUCCUUCACUAUUGCGCGGUCGAUUCGUUCCUGAUUGUCGGCUGA